AUCUGCGAAGAACCGUGCGUCGUGCUCUGAUUUUUCAGCCUUUGAUGCAUAACACGGACAAUCCAUAUUGUUUUAACACAUUCUGAUCUACUCGAGCUUCCUUCACAUUUAAAAAGGACCAAUCCCAGUACGCAAUACAAACAAUGAGUUAACAGUUGCUGAGGAACCAUAUAUCCCAGCAUGCUAUGCUUCCGAGCAGUCUCGGAAAUGGGUAUGGGAGACGCCGCUUGCAUUCUGGGAGUUGUAGUCUCUUGGGACUGGCCCGCCCCUUGUGCAGCUUCCGCGGCCUAUGUUUGGGAAAAAACCCCUACUGGGUGGCUCAGCGCCCUAGAGAGCCGUGCGAACUUAAAACCUUCGCCCCCGGCCGGGUGGCCAGCUCCGCCCCAUCUCGAAUCUUUCCUGGAGCCCAAAAUGGCGGCGGAGGUGGAUUUCGGCGACUUAAAGCUGUUCGAGGCGUUUGACCACCCAGAGGAGUCGCUUCCGAAGCCCGUUCACACCCGCUUCAAGGACGACGACGACGACGAGGAGGACGAGAAUGGGGUUGGCGACGCGGAGCUGCGGGAGCGGCUUCGGCAGUGCGAGGAAACCAUCGAGCAGCUCCGCGCCGAGAAUCAAGAACUUAGAAGAAAAUUGAACAUUCUGACUCGACCAAGUGGAAUAUUGGUGAACAACACUAAAUUAGAUGGACCUUUGUUACAGAUUCUAUUUAUGAACAAUGUUAUUUCAAAGCGUUUUCAUCAAGAAAUAGAGGAAUUUGUAUCAGAUUUAGUAAACAGAUUUGAGGAACAGCAGAAAAAUGAUGUGGAAAAGACUUCCUUUAAUCUUUGGCCCCAGCCAUCCAGUGUUACACUAGAAGAGGACCAUAAAGUAGAAGAACCCUGUGCCGUUAAAAACAACAAGGAAGCGUUUAGUGUUGUAGGAAGUGUCCUGUAUUUUACUAAUUUUUGCCUUGAUAAAUUGGGGCAACCGCUACUAAAUGAAAACCCUCAGCUUACCGAAGGAUGGGAAAUACCCAAGUACCAGCAAGUCUUCAGCCACAUUGUGUCUCUAGAAGGGCAAGAGGUACAAGUAAAGGCCAAAAGGCCAAAGCCUCACUGUUUCAAUUGUGGUUCUGAAGAACAUCAAAUGAAAGAUUGCCCAAUGCCUCGGAAUGCUGCUCGAAUAAGUGAAAAGAGAAAAGAGUUCAUGGAUGCCUGUGGCGAGACAAACAAUCAGAAUUUUCAGCAGCGAUACCAUGCAGAAGAAGUGGAAGAAAGAUUUGGAAGAUUCAAGCCAGGAGUUAUUAGUGAGGAACUUCAGGAUGCACUGGGUGUGACGGACAAGAGCCUUCCACCUUUUAUAUACCGAAUGCGCCAGCUUGGGUACCCCCCAGGGUGGCUCAAAGAGGCUGAACUGGAGAAUUCAGGGCUUGCGCUCUAUGACGGCAAAGAUGGAGCUCCUGGGGAAACAGAAGCUGGAGAAAUACAACAGAAUCAAAGUGUCACUUAUGAUCUCUCGAAAUUGGUAAACUAUCCAGGUUUUAAUAUAUCUACUCCCAGAGGAAUCCCAGAUGAAUGGAGGAUGUUUGGCUCCAUACCCAUGCAGGCCUGUCAGCAGAAGGAUGUGUUUGCCAACUACCUUUCCUCUAACUUCCAAGCGUCAAGUACAAAGUCUGGCAGCAAGAGGUCUUUGUCUCAGUCCAGCCCUAGUAGCCCAAAGAAGCAGAAGAAGGAAAGCGACUCGGCAGCAUCGCCCGCCGACAUGGAGCUCGACUCUGAUGCAGAGGUCCUGCGUGGCUCUCCGAGCAGGGAAGCUUUUCAGUUUCAGCCACCGUUGCCCCCUGGCACUCCUCCCACACAACCCCGGGGAAUCCCUUCGCCCAUCUUCACUCCUCCCCUCCCCAAGGGCACCCCGUCACCAACUUCCAGUGACUCACCGCAGACCAGAACAGCAUCGGCAGCUAUGGACGAGGACGCACUGACUCUGGAAGAACUUGAAGAACAGCAGAGGCGGAUAUGGGCGGCCCUCGAGCAGGCUGAGAGCAUCAACAGCGAUUCGGAUAUUCCUGUUGACACACCUCUAACUGGGAAUUCCGUGGCCUCCUCACCUAGUCCAAAUGAGCUAGACCUCCCUGUCCCAGAGGACAAAGCAUCCGAAAAGCAGCCGCCAGAUGAGCCCGAGGAACCAGACACUUGUACAAAGAAACCGGAAGCUGAGCAUCCCCUGAGUCCAGAAUCUGAGGCCACAUUGCAGUGUCAGAAGGAAGAGGAGUCCACUCAGGUAGCCUCUAGAGAUGCUCUUCUGGAUAAUGGCGGCAUUGAAUCAAACUGUGACGUUAGAAACGGAGGCAGCCAGAGGCCCCUGCAUGUGGACACCAGUCCUUCCACGCUCACCAAAAUGCAUAGCCCUAUACCUGACAUGAGCAAGUUCGCAACAGGAAUAACGCCAUUUGAAUUUGAGAACAUGGCGGAAUCUACAGGCAUGUACCUCAGGAUAAGGAACUUGUUAAAGAACUCACCCCGGAAUCAGCAAAAAAACAAAAAGGCUUCCGAAUAGCUGCUUGACAGAGCACCGAGAGCUAUUUAAUGACAACUUUGUGCCCUGGUAACUAGUACUAAGUGGACAGAUGAGAUUAUCUUCCUCAUUGUCCUCCCAUGUUUAAAAAUCUAUCCGAGGCUGAUUUAUGGGCUAAAGUCGGGCCUGUUUUAAAGAAUGAAAAGAUUGGGCUUGCUGAUUGAUUUAUUAUAUUUUAUUCUCUCUGAUAAAAACUCGGGGGUAAUUAAGUAUGAGCUGGGUUAGGGAUAGUUUGUUAAGGUUUAUACUAUUUUUGGAUUGUGAGUGUCAGUCCAGAGUGAUGGUUUUUAUCUCUCUUUUGUACAUUGUUUUCCCUUUCUAUAUUUUGCUAAUUAUCCUGUAUAUAAGUUUAAUAUAUCACUUUUUAAAAGAAAAAAAUUCUAACCAUUUUAAAUUCACAUAUCAACUCUGACAACCAAAUGAGAAAAAUCAGGGAUGAGCAGCUUUAUCCCAUUUGGGGUAUUUUUGUAAGUGAUUUACAUACAUCAAUUUUAAUAACACUUUUACUUUUUUGUAACUGCAUUCUUCAUCUAAGCUUGCGAUACAGGUAUGUUCAUCUUUGUCUACAAAGGUUUAAUAAAUUAGUUUUCAUAUACAUAAUCUAAGACUCUGAAUACGAAAAAGUGACUCACAGUUAAAUUAGUAUAUAAACCCCUGUAAGUUUGGAAGUAAAUUGCAAAAUUAGUGAUAACAAAGGAAACACAAAAAAUUGCAAAUUUGGGUGUUUUCAGUGGAUUUCAGCCUUAAAUACGGAAACAGAAGAAUCUUAUAAAGUAAUUAUUUUGAAAAAAAAAUGGAGGGCAGGUAGGCUUUACACAAAAAUAACUUUCCAGAUUUGAACCCUAAGAUAAUUAACAGUUAAAAAUAGAAAGUAGACAUAAACAACUUGCUUUUAAUUGUCAGAUCCAUAAGCUAGAGUUGAAACUAUGGAUCUUGUCUUCAUGUGGAAUGCUAUUACAUCUUUAUAGUCAAGUCCAUGAAAAUAAACAGAUGAUCUUGAACUGUUAGUCUCAGGUAGUUAUUAUAUUAUCCUGCUCUUAGGCCAGCAGAGGGAGCAAAAUAUUACCAUUCCAGAUUUGAUUUUCAUGUCGAGAACUUGAGUAACCAAAUUUACUGUUUUAUAAACAGUAAAGGAAAGGAAAAUUAUAUGAAAAGGAAAAAUUUAUUUUCAAGGCCCUCGCAAAACAUGGUUGAAAUUGAAUAAAAUGUUAAAUACUUUUGGCUUUUUUCUCUGAGUUGAAACAUAUAAUAAAAGUAAGCCUUUGCAUAUUACAUAGUGCUUUUACAUACAUUCUCUUACUCGAUAUUUAUAUCGAAUAAAUACAUUGUCGCCAUGUUAUGUAUGUAACAUAAGGCAACUUCGUUGGGAUAGAGAGGUUAAAGGGCCUUCUCAGCAUUCAAGCAGUGAUCAUGAGGGGCCAAUCUUCAACUAAAGACCUGCCUAUUCCCUAAAUCAUAGAAGUGUUUUUUUGCGUAUAACUUUCCCUUUAGGCAUUGCAUUAGUAGAGUCUUCUUUGAAUCCCAAAGAUAUCUAACAGUUCUCUCCUUAGCAGAUGCCACACACAUCAUGUUACGGUAUUUUUGUGCAUUACCCCAUUUUCACAAGCACCAUAUUAGCUAGGUUUUGUUAACUUCAUGUGUUAGAGGGCAUGCCGAAGACACACAGCUGGUAAGUAACCUAGCGAAUCGAAAUCCAGAUCUGUCAGACCCCCACAUCCAUGCUCAUAGCCACUGUAUGCUUCCCUGUCAACAGCUCUAUAAAAUCACUGGUUUCUUUAAAAAAUCUGGCUCCUAUUUCUUGAUUUAUUCAAUUACAAAUGGAGGGCACAACUUGUGUUAAGUUGUUCUAUGUGCUUUGGGGCAUUAAAAGGAGAUGAUGAUAGAAUGUGCUUUAAGGAGCUUAUACACUAGCGGGACAAGGGAUGGUUCCGUCUUAGUUCCAAGGCUUAAUGCGUGGCUGCUAGGGAGGGCAAGAUACCCGGGUGAUUUGGUGAUGGGAGAAGCACCCAGGGAGGACUGGCUUCAAAUUCACAGGGCCACGGGCUUAAGUGUUCCAUUUGGAGGGUAUUUGAAGACUUCUGGAAAGAGAGAAGUUUUGAGUUAAUCCUUAAAGGGUAGGUAGGAGGAUUUCUAUAGACACAAUGAGCAUUGAAAUAUACAGGAAAUGGCGUAAGUAGAAUAAGCAGAAAUGUUCAAGAAAUGCAGGGUGGUAGGAAAAAAAGACUUAAAAGGGUUGUUUCUUCACUGGUGCUGAGAAUACUUGAUUGCAUUGCUAUGGGGUUUGAAUUUUAUGAAGGAGAAGGAUCCUGCUCAAGAUCCUUCAGUGCACCUCGCUGAAAACAUCCAGGGGGUGUUUUAAGAAGAAAUCCUGAAGCAGAAUUCAGAAUCAAUUGGACAGGGUAGACCUUUGAAGGGAACCCAGAAAAAUGGGAAGCAGUUGCUUUAAGAAGGUGUCCCAUUUAAAAAAUUUAUUCUGUUCGCUGUAUUUGAGUAUUAUGACGAGAGUGCUGGGUGGAGGAACAAGAUAUUGUUUGGACUUGUCCAUGCUGGGACAGGUCUCCAGGUGUGGGCAGGUGAGGUCAUAGCCAAACACUGGUACUUCAGGAUGGACUUGGAGCAAGGGUGGGGACCGGUUUCUAAUCUUUGCCUUGGGUUAAAAGGAAUGUGAUUGUAAUAUACAGGUUGCUAAAACAAAGCCAGCUCUUUGUCAUCUCCUGGAGCAGGUAAGUGGAAAGACGGCACUGUCCUUACCAAAAGGACCGAUCUCUUUUUUCAAAAGGUUGCAUGUUCCUUAAGGGGUAAAAAAUGUGGUCUGCUUACUACCAACAAGAGGCUUCCUCCCAGUUGGUUCUAUUCCUCCAGGUUCUCUGCUGGAAUUGUUUUGUCCUUCUGUCUCCUACUUUGUAAAUUGUCAGCAGGCAAAACCAACAAGGGUGUCGUAACAAUAGUGGCUUAUAAGGCAUGACUCAGUUCCCAAGAACCCAUGGCCACACAACCUGUGUUUUUCUUCAGCAUUUAGGAAAAUUCUUCUUCCUUCAACUUAAAAUAUGUUUGAUUGAAUGGUAUAAAUUCACUUUUAAAUGUUUAGGGUUCAGUUGUGUUUGUUAAAAAGUGUUUAUAAAUAGUUCUUGAUUACAGAGCCAUUACUAUAUUCUUAAUAAAUUAGAAAUCUCUGAACAAGCAUGCUUUCUAAAUCACCAGCAAUCUAGCUAGAAUGUUUCUAUUGGAAUAUUGAAGUGGGCGGGGAGGGAGGGAAAGUGAUAGCUGUCUUUAAAAAAAAACAAAACAAAACAGUAUUUUUUUGUUCUCUGAAAGAAAUAACUGCAUUGGGGGUGGGAGGGAGUCAGUAUAUAAAAUUAGAUGAAACUGAAAGCACUCUUUCCUUAGAGUGCUGCAGAGCAUGUCUUUGUCAUCCACACUUGGAUUUUGAAUUUGUGGAUGUUAUAAUUUAGAAAACAGCCUCUCUGUAAAAUUCACAUCCCAUACCCUUUUAUUAGCUGAUGUUAAAUAUCUAUACAUUAGAUCCCACUUUUAGUCCAUGGUCAUUUGCAAUUAAAUUAUAUCUUUUCCUAAUCAUCUAAAGAGUAAGAUACUUGAUUUUUCUUUGUUUAAAAUAUCUACUGUUUAAAUUGUAAGCAGAAGGAAUAACAAAGCCAUGCAUUUGAAGGAGAAUAAAUAAUCCAUAGAGAAGCCCACACCAUUUUUCUUCAUGCGUUCUUGAAAUUUAUUUUCUCACCAGGCCAUUUUCUAAACCCAAAAUGUUUUUGUUUUUUUCUUUCCUAAAAUGAAAA